UCAGGCAGCCCCCACCCUCUCUCCUUCCCUCUCUCUCUCUAUCUCUCUCUCCAGCACACCCUCAUUACCUCCAUUUUUGCUCCUUUAAAACAACCCAUUUGACACCCCCAAGAACUCCAGCCUUGUCAUGGGCGUGGACAUGUCGAAUAAUCCACCGACUUCUCGUACCAAAGACUUCUUUGUCGCUCCAGCACUCUCUCUCAGCCUUGCCGGGAUUUUUCGCGAUGCCGGGGCAACGGCGGCGGCAAGCAUGGAGGUGGAGGAAGGGGACGAGGGGAGCGGAGGUGGCGGCCACAGAGAAGACACGGCAGAUAUCAGCAGCGAGAACUCCGGCCCCCUCAGAUCAAGAUCCGACGACGAGUUUGACGGCGAAGGAGAUCAGGAUGAUGAAGGCGAUGGGGAUAAGAACAAGAAGAAGAAGAGGAAGAAGUAUCAUAGGCACACAGCUGAGCAAAUCAGAGAAAUGGAAGCUUUAUUCAAAGAGUCACCCCACCCAGAUGAGAAGCAGAGGCAACAUCUGAGCAAGCAAUUAGGCCUUGCUCCUAGGCAAGUCAAGUUUUGGUUUCAAAAUCGUAGAACCCAAAUCAAGGCUAUACAAGAGCGCCAUGAAAAUUCUUUGCUCAAGGGGGAAAUGGAGAAACUAAGAGAUGAAAACAAAGCCAUGAGGGAGCAAAUAAACAAAUCUUGUUGCCCCAACUGCGGCACCGCCACCACAAGCCGAGAUGCCGCCGUCACCACGGAGGAACAACAACUCAGAAUCGAAAACGCCCGGCUCAAGGCCGAGGUAGAAAAACUCCGAGCAGCUCUAGGAAAACACCCUCCAGGGACAGCCUCGUCGCCUUCAUGCCCAACUGGUAAAGACCAAGACACCAGAAGUUCCUUGGAUUUUUUCACUGGGAUUUUCGGGCUGGAGAAGUCGAGGAUAAUGGAGAUUGUUAAUCAAGCAAUGGAGGAGCUGACAAAAAUGGCUACUGCUGGAGAUCCACUGUGGAUUCGUAGCGUGGAGACUGGUCGUGAAAUACUGAAUUAUGACGAGUACAUGAAAGAGUUCCCAGGUGUCAAAAGUGCAACCAACAAUGGGCGCCCAAAGAGAUCCAUCGAGGCCUCCAGGGAGACGGGGGUUGUUUUUGUGGAUCUCCCGCGGCUUGUUCAAAGUUUCGUGGAUGUGAACCAAUGGAAGGAGAUGUUUCCAUGCUUGAUCUCCAAGGCUGCCACUGUUGAUGUUAUCUCCGAUGGUGAAGGCCCUAACAGAGAUGGUGCUGUACAACUGAUGUUUGCAGAAUUGCAAAUGCUGACACCAAUGGUGCCCACAAGAGAAGUGUACUUCGUCCGAUAUUGCAAGCAACUGAGUGCUGAGCAAUGGGCAAUUGUUGAUGUUUCGGUGGACAAAGUGGAGGAUAACAUCGAUGCAUCCCUUGUGAAAUGCAGAAAACGCCCAUCCGGUUGCAUCAUCGAGGACAAAUCAAAUGGCCAUUGCAAGGUGAUUUGGGUAGAACACUUGGAAUGCCAGAAAACCACAGUUCAUACCAUGUACCGCACUAUUAUUAACAGCGGUCUAGCCUUCGGUGCAAGGCAUUGGGUGGCAACACUGCAACUCCAAUGCGAACGCCUUGUUUUCUUCAUGGCAACCAACGUUCCCAUGAAGGAUUCGACUGGCGUUGCCACACUGGCUGGGAGGAAAAGCAUAUUGAAGUUGGCACAGAGGAUGACACAGAGUUUCUGCCAUGCAAUUGGAGCAUCAAGCUUCCAUACCUGGACCAAGGUCUCAAGUAAGACAGGGGAAGACAUAAGGGUUGCUUCUAGGAAGAACUUGAACGACCCUGGAGAGCCUCUUGGGGUCAUCUUGUGUGCUGUUUCUUCUGUAUGGUUGCCUGCAUCUCCCCAUGUCCUAUUCGAUUUCUUAAGAGAUGAAGCUCGCCGGAAUGAGUGGGAUAUAAUGUCAAAUGGAGGGCCUGCACAUUCCAUUGCAAACUUAGCCAAGGGGCAAGAUCGUGGCAAUGCAGUAGCCAUCCAAACGAUGAAAUCGAAAGAGAACAGUAUGUGGAUACUUCAAGAUAGCUGCACUAAUGCAUACGAGUCCAUGGUGGUGUAUGCUCCGGUGGACAUAACCGGAAUGCAGUCGGUGAUGACGGGAUGUGACGCUAGCAACAUCGCCAUAUUGCCUUCGGGGUUUUCGAUUCUUCCAGAUGGACUGGAGUCGAGGCCUCUAGUGAUUACUUCUAGGCAAGAGGAGAAGAGCACAGAGGGAGGGUCUUUGCUUACAAUAGCAUUCCAGAUCCUAACUAAUAACUCUCCCACAGCUAAGCUUACCAUGGAGUCUGUGGAGUCUGUCAACACUCUAAUAUCCUGUACUUUAAGGAAUAUUAAGACAAGCUUGCAGUGUGAGGAUGGUUGAUCACAUAACUUUAUUAAUUAGAUAGACAUUAAUUAAUUGUAAAACUCAUAGGGUGUUUUUUUUUUUUUUGCCCUUUUCCCAAUAUUUAGUUUAGCAAAUCAGCCUUUAGAUGUGAGUUUGUUUUCAUUUGUUCUUUGGUUAGAAAGGUGGCGCUGAGCAAAGGCAUAUCUACUGCAUUUGGCUUUCUUGAGAUAGAAAGAGAGAGUGAGGGAGAGAGGUGAUUUCAGAAUCUUUGCAAGUCUAGGAAAGUGAAAUUUUCUGUGUAUAGAAUUCUUAUUUAUCAAUGUCAGAUUGUGAUUGUUAUAA